UUGAUACAAAUCUUCUGUGUUCAACGCAUCCAGCUUCAUCAUAGGCUUCCGCCAAGUCAGGCCACCAACACCAUUCGCAGAAUGUCGACAAGUAACCUUGAGAGUCUCCGUUUCCCUAUUGCCCGGGCAGCGAAAUCUAAUGAGCCACCUAAAGAGUUAAUUCAGCUGCAGGACACGUGUCCAUUAGCAAAAUUGCAGCUCUUUGACGGAACGCCGACAUGGAUUGCAACGAAGCACAAGGACAUCUGCCAGCUGUUGAGUACCAAGGGUUUAUCUAACGAGCGGUACAGUCAGCCAGGCUACCCGGAGCUUUACCCUAGCGGGAAAAAGGCUACCGCUGAGACACCAACUUUUGUGCACUUGGAUGACCCUAAGCACGCCGAACAAAGGGCUAUGAUCGAGGAGCUGUUCACACGGGAAAGAAUUGCGGCACUGCGUCCCGAAAUACAACGAAUCGUCGACCACGUUCUGGACGCUAUCGUUGAAAAGGGCUGUGCCCAAGGUCCAGUAGAUCUUGUCGAAGACUUCGCGACGCCGAUUCCGACUCGGAUCAUAUACGGUAUCCUCGGGGUCCCAGAAAAGGAUAUCCCUGAGCUUUCGAAGGCUAGUGCGAUCCGCUUAUCUACGAGCGGCUCAGCCACCGAUGCUGGAGACAAACAUCUCCAUGAUUACAUGAGUGCGCUAGUGGACAAACGCAUCCAAGCUCCUGGCGAUCCUAAAGACGAUCUCAUCAGUAAACUCGUUGUCGAGCAAUACAGACCAGGGCAUGUCACACGAGACGAUAUACAGAGGUUGGCCUACCUUGUCCUGGUAGCCGGCAACGCCGCCGUUAUCAGUUCGAUCAGUCUUGGAGUCCUUACCCUCCUGCAGAAUCCCGAACAGUUAAACGUUCUAAAAGAAGAUUCCAGCACCGCUACUGCUGUUGCAGUGACUGAGGAAGUUCUUCGUUACCACACCCCGUCGUCGUUGAACAGCAGAAGGGUGGCCAAGCAGGACACUAUUGUAGGCGGAAAGAUCAUCAAAGCAGGCGAGGGCAUCGUGGGUGCCGUACAAGCAGGAAAUCGCGAUCCCGACAUGUUUACGAACCCCCACAAUUUUGACAUUCGACGCGACAUCGACCCGGACAAGAACCUUGCAUUUGGAUAUGGUCCGCACAGAUGCCAAGCGCAGUGGCUCUCCAGAGUAGAGUUGGAAGUGGCGUUCGCCACGCUCUUCAAGAGGCUGCCAAAGCUGAGACUUGCCGUCCAGCCCGAGGAUCUAGAGUAUACGUCAGCGACUCAGAAUGUCGGCGUCUCGCACUUGCCUGUGUAUUUUUGAGUCGCAUUGGACGACAAUGUCUCCAUGCAAGGGAUCUAACGGAGAAUGCAAGUUCACGGUGUUCGUUUGAGGUCAUUCACGCCUUGAGUAUCGUAUCUAUAUAUGUUUAGAAGAGGCCUUGAUGUGGUCGACAUGUUUACAAUGGUUCGAAAUUGGGUGAUCUGCUUGAGUUAGGGGAUAUCAGAAAAGUGUUUGCAGCACAAGCGGACACGUUAUAGCACGGAAAUGUCAAGGCCGAGGGUUACCCAGAGCAAUGUCAUAGCAGGCACGUGAGAACUGUUUUCGCGUCUAUGCAGUGCAUAAACAUGUCAGCAUUUCGCUAUUCCAUGUCAAACGCUCCAUGGCGGGAGGAAUUUGGAUUAGAUACUGACCAGGACCCGCCUGCCGACAUUGUGGCUCAUUUCGUCGAUGCCAGUUCCUGGGGAAACGAGGGGAUAUUGCC